UGAUUGCUCAACAUGCGUGAUAAAGAAAAAUGAUAAGAUAUUGACUAGCAUAUUUAUUUGACCGAUGCCGAGUUGUGCCACGUGGCGCAACAGAUGCCAUUGCUUUUCCUUUACGUCUUCCCUGUGGAGCAUGGUCGGUUGAAUUCCGGCAUCUUCCUUUCUCAAAAUGCUUCAAUUCACCAAUAAGUUUAUUCUGUGCAAUUAAAGCAACAAACUUAGCUCUACUCUAGCCCCUUGUAUGCAGCUUGAUUGAAUUCAUUGCUUAAAUUUCAGAAAGGUACCCACAAAGGGAGUGCAAGAUCUAUACCUUUCUAUACACGGUCAGACUUUGUGCGUCAAGGCGUGUUGAAUAAUUGCAGAGAGUGUUCACCUUCGCUACUGGAGAGUUAUGUUAAACCUACUGCUUCAGGUACUUAUGCACCAAUGAUGAGAGACGUAAGAUGAUUAAUAAUUCAAAAGAGGAGGAUUCUCCAACGAAAAAGGAGGGGAGUACAAGAGAUCAUGGCAAGAUCACUAGCAAAGCUUCUUCAUCUACCUCAACACCAUGGUUAAGAUUGAAGGAUCCGAGAAUUGUUCGUGUUUCGCGUGCUUUUGGAGGAAAGGACAGGCACAGCAAAGUCUGCACAAUAAGGGGAUUAAGAGACAGGAGAGUUAGACUUUCUGUUCCUACAGCAAUCCAGUUGUAUGAUCUUCAAGAUAAGCUUGGUCUUAAUCAGCCUAGCAAGGUUGUUGAUUGGUUGCUUAACGCUGCGAAACAUGAAAUUGAUGAACUCCCUCCACUUCCAAUGCCACCAAUGAAUUUUGGCCUGAACCAUCAAAUGCUAAGUUCUCACGAACUUGGUGCUUCACAAUCUAACAAAGAAGGGUUCAAGGUGAAUAGUAGUAGCAUCAAUUGGGACGAUCAAGGUGGAUUAACCAGACCAAAUUUUUGGAAUAGUGAUGCACUCUUGAGGGGUAAGUCAAAAGAAGUUGCAAGAGAUUCAGUCAAUGAGAAAGAAAAUUGGACCAAAAGAAAUGAAGAAGACGAACAAGAAAGCAAUGAAGAAGGCAAUAACAGUGGUCGUACUCAAGUUCCAUUAAGCAGUACUUCUCUCUUUCCUAGAGCUACUCAUUCUUCCACAUGGGCAGCCGGCUUUAUAAACAAUCCAAUGCCAUAUGGUUCCUUCCUUCAAUUAGAACAUCCAAAUUUCCCAUUUUCUCACAUGGGAAGCCAUGCAUUUUCAAAUCAAACAGAUGAUUUACACAACCUAAAUGCUGUGCCAUUGCCCUCUACCUUGUCUCUAUCAUCUGGUUCCCAGAUUUUAGUAUGCCCACCUGGAGUACCACAAACUUAUUUGCCUUCACAUGUUAAUGCAGCUGCAGCAGAGAUUGAUCCAAGACAAAUGAACCACUUUCAGAUGUUAGCAUCAAGCACUCAAAACCUCUUUCCCAAUUCACUUACGCCAAGUUCAUACUCUAUGAAUCAAUCAGCAAGACCUUUCCAUUUCAGCUUAACACCAAGGCUUUUCCAUUCCCUCGACAGUGGAAAUCAGCCUGAUAGUAAUAAUAAUAAUAAUAAUAAAGAUCAGCAGUAGUUUCCUUGUAAAUGAAAAUCAUGAGUGGUGAUACAAGGAUUACAGCUCCACAGAAGCAACUUCAUCCUUUCCAGGAGAAGCAAGAGUUAAAACUUCAAUUUGAUCUCCAAGAUGAGAGAAAGAGGUACUGCUCAUAUAUUUCAACUUAUGAAAUGCGUUCUACUUGUCCUCAUUGUUAAAAGUGUUUGCUGGAGAAAAACCAAGUCUUCUGUGAAAUGUGUUUACAGGAGUUAUGAUCAUCUUAUGUUUGGUUCUCUUAAUUUUUGCUUCAUUUGGGUUAUUAUCAAUUCUUACCUAGGAGAGUUUCUAUUCUUUUUUUCCCUUUCUUCCCCUUUUUUUUUUUGGUUUUUUUUAUAAUGGUGUAUGAAUAGUUUGAUACUUGUGAGAGGAUUUUGAACUAUCUUGAUAAUUCAUGUUCUGAUCAGUGGCUGAAUGACCAAAAGUGAGAGCUAUUUGUACAGUCAUAAACCUAAACGUAAGAAUAUAGCUAUGCUUAUUGCUUCUUUUUAUUA